GUAUGGGUUGGGGAGUCAACCAAACCUAUUUCUGCUCAUCUCUCUUGCUUCCCCCCUUGGAUUCAUGAGGCCUGGUAGUGUCCACAUGUGAUAAGUCUAUUUCUAUCGUCCACACCACACCAGCUCACACAAAUCACUGUGCCUCGUAUAAUUUUCCGUCUCCCAGCGCCGAUCGAGUUCCUUAUUCUUCGGCUACAGCGUGUGCCCUCUCGUUAUUAUUGCCUGGAGAUCUUGUUGCAUGCCCUAGGGAAACUUGAUGAGUUUUGGAGGUUUGUUCGGCGGCGGUGGCAGCGGCAGCGCCGGCCGAAUAGGGAUGACUACUGAUUUCUCUCAUCGCACAUCCGCCGUCAUUUCCCAGCCACUCCUCGACUCUUCUUCCGUCUACAAGCCACUGUUCCCUUCCUCUGGCCUCUCGCUCGCCCUGCUUGCGAACAUGGAAGGCCAAAGCGGCGACAGGGCGAACCGGACUCGCACAUCUGGAAAAGCUGGUGGAGGCGAGCUGGAGUCGUCACUGCGUCGGAACAAGGAAGACGAGAAUGAGAGCAGGUCCGGAGGAAGCGAUAAUUUGGGAGGCGUCUCCGGAGAUGACUUGGAUUUGGAGCAGGAGAAUCCCCGCAAGAAGAAGCGAUACCAUCGCCACACCCCUCAGCAAAUCCAAGAACUCGAAGGGUUCUUCAAAGAAUGCCCUCAUCCUGAUGAGAAACAAAGGUUGGACCUAAGCAAGAGGCUGUCUUUGGAGACUCGCCAGGUCAAGUUUUGGUUCCAGAAUCGUCGAACGCAGAUGAAAACUCAGAUGGAGAGGCACGAGAACACGAUUCUUCGGCAGGAGAACGACAAGCUCCGCUCUGAGAAUUUAUCGAUCAAGGAGGCGAUGAGGAAUCCCAUCUGCAACAACUGCGGCAGCCUGUCCUUGCUCGGCGAAGUGUCUCUCGAAGAGCAGCACUUGAGGGUAGAGAACGCCCGGCUGAAGGAUGAGCUCGAUCGCGUUUGCUCCCUCAUCAGUAAGUUCAUCGGCAAACCUCUUUCCUCUUCCACCACGCAGAUCGCUCUCCCCAUGCCGAGCUCCGCCCUGGAGCUCGCCGUCGGGUCCAAAUCUUUCGCCAGUUUGAGCUCCAUGGUCUCCGCGACCUUGUCGUCCGUCAUCGAUUUCACCGCAGGAGCGUCGAGCCCUCUCGGCUCCGUCAUAACUCCCGUGAGGAGCGUGGUUGUGGGAGGAGUGGAUCGAUCGCAGGAGAGGCUUGUGUUCUUGGAGCUCGCACUGACGGCGAUGGAUGAGCUGGUAAAGAUGGCCCAGAUGGAGGAGCCUCUUUGGAUUUCGAGCUUGGAUGGAGGCAGGGAGACGUUGAACUACGAGGAGUACCACCAAAAUUUCCCUCGCUGCAUCGGCGCCAAGCCCAUUGGGUUCGUGUCCGAGGCGACUAGGUCUAGCUGCGUCGUCAUCAUCAAUACCUUGGCACUGGUCGAGACACUCAUGGACGCAAAUCGGUGGGCAGAUAUGUUCCCUUCGGUGAUCGCAAAGACCACCACCGCGGAUGUGAUCUCAGCCGGAAUGGGUGGCAGCAGAAAUGGCGCAUUGCAACUCAUGCAUGCGGAGCUUCAGGUUCUGUCACCGCUUGUGCCUGUCCGAAAAGUCCAGUUCCUUAGGUUCUGUAAGCAGCUCGCGGACGGAGCUUGGGCUGUGGUGGACGUCUCCUUUGAUGGGGCUAGAGACAACUGCCCCGGCGACAGCAUGGGUUGCUGCCGCAGGCUGCCUUCUGGUUGCGUGGUGCAAGAGAUGCCCAACGGUUAUUCUAAGGUCACGUGGGUGGAGCAUGCAGAAUACGACGAGGCGGCGGUGCACCCGCUCUUCCGUCCGGUGCUAAGCUCCGGCAUGGCGCUGGGGGCUCCCCGUUGGAUCGCUGCCCUGCAACGCCAGUGUCAGUCCUUGGGCGUCCUCAUGUCCUCCCCAUCAACGGACGGCGCCAACACGAUAACCCAGAGCGGACGGCGGAGCAUGGUGAAACUGGCGCAGCGCAUGACGGACAACUUCUGCGCCGGGGUGUGCUCGUCGUCGGCGCACGAGUGGAACAAGCUGCGCGGGGGCGUCCACAUCGGCCAGGACGUCCGAGUGAUGACGCGGCAGAGCGUGGCGGACCCAGGCGAGCCACCGGGCGUGGUGCUGAGCGCCGCCACCUCGGUGUGGCUCCCCGCUACGCCACAGCAGCUCUUCGACUUCCUCCGCAACGAGCAGCUUCGGAGCCAGUGGGACAUCCUCUCCAAUGGCGGCCCGAUGCAGGAGAUGGCUCACAUUGCUAAGGGGCCGGACUCCGGCAACGCCGUCUCCCUCCUCCGCGCCAGCGCGGUGAGCGCGGACCAAAGCAGCAUGCUGAUAUUGCAGGAGACGUGCACGGACGCGUCGGGGUCGCUGGUGGUGUACGCCCCGGUGGACGUGCCGGCGAUGCAACUAGUGAUGAGCGGCGGCGACUCCUCCUACGUCGCCCUUUUGCCGUCGGGCUUCGCCAUCCUGCCCGACGGCGACGUGGGUAAGGCGGGGGGAGGGUCGCUGCUGACGGUGGCGUUCCAGAUCCUGGUGAACAGCCUGCAGCCGACGGCGAAGUUGACGGUGGAGUCGGUGGAGACUGUCAACAACCUAAUCUCCUGUACGGUGCAAAAGAUCAAGGCGGCCCUCAACUGCGAUGCUUGAUGUGCGUGUCAUGGGUUGAGGUUGAGUCAAGAACGAACCGCACGCAUGACGACGCGUCAUAGAGACUGUUAGUGGUUCGGGUAUUGACUCGGUCCGAUCAACAAUGUUUAGUCAUGGUAGUGUUGGUUAAUUAGGCAUGAUGACUUCUUAGUCGCUAUUGUAGUCCUUCAUAAAUAGUUGGUAGGAAUCAUGGAGUUAAUUAAUUGUAGUUGUCAUGUUUCCGGGGUCAUAUUUAGUCGUACAAUAAAACAGUGCAAGUAUUAAUCUGA